GCGACCUUUACCUAAGUUUCUACAUAGCUACAAAACUAAGGUCUUCCUCCCUCUUAAAACAAUCCUCCUCCAUUGAGCCAAUUGAUUCAUCUCCUCCUUUUCAUAACUUGUUUUCUCUUGAUUCAUAGUCUUAGCAAUCAUGAGUGUCACCAAAAUUUCUCAGUCAUUUGCAACUCAGGUAACUCCAGACAGGAUGUUCAAGGCCUUGAUCCUUGACUCUCAUAACAUUUGCCCCAAGCUCAUGUUUUCAUCAAUAAAGAGUAUCGAAUUCAUUCAAGGCAGCGGAGAAGUUGGAAGCAUCAAACAGAUUAAUUUCACUGAAGAAAGUCCUUUCAAAUAUGUGAAGCACAGGAUUGAUGCACUAGAUAAAGAGAAGUUCAUGUGCAAGCACACUUUGAUUGAAGGUGAUGCUUUAAUGGACAAGCUUGAAUAUAUUACUUACGAGGUUAAGUUUGAGGGAUAUGGCAGAGGAGGAUGUAUGUGUAAGAUGACCAGUGAGUACAAAGUAAAGGAAGGUGUAGAGAUCAAAGAACAGGACAUCGAGCAUGGAAAGGACAGGGCCAUAGGGAUGUAUGAAGUUGUGGAGGCCUACCUCUUGGCACACCCUCAUGCCUAUGAGUAAUGCUAGGGACACUUGAAAAGGUUAUUAUGUGAUGAUUUUCAUGAUUGUGUUUUGUUUGGGAAGUCUUAACACACUGUAUUUCUAUGUUUCUUUAUAAAAAUUUCUUCCUGUUCAAUGAGAUUUUGCAAUUUGUUAACAUGUGAAUUGAGGUUUACCAGAA